UUCACAUGAAGCCGAGGAUAUAACUUCACAUGAAGCCGAGGAAAUUGCGAAAUGUGCUUACAUUUUUGGCUAUCCAUUAGUGCUGAUGAACAUCACAAAGCAGACUAUGAUUAAACAAACUCCUAUCAACCAAUUUUAUCACAUGCGAGAAUUUCCUACUGACGGUUUUACUGACGUG